CUUCUCCCAUUACUAUUAUCAACGUAUAGUUAGCCCUGUCGCUCACUCCUGCCCCAAUUCUCUCUCCUCAGUCUCUCCUCUCCUCGCCGCCAUUCUACAGCGCUUCCAUGGCCGGCGGCGAUAAAGCUCCGAACAGUAAGACAAGCCCUAGCGCUCUUCCGAAGGACGACGCAUACCUCGCCGCAGUCAUCCCCAAGCGAAUCGAUCAAUUCGAGACCAUUAAAGCUCAGCAAGCUCUAGAACGUCUCUCCCUCUCCGGCGAGCUCAUCAAAAUUACAUUGCCGGAUGGAAAUGUGAAGGAAGGCAAAAAAUGGAUUACAACUCCAUUCGACAUUGCAGCGCAGAUUUCGAAGGGUUUGGCUUCGAAUUCGUUGAUUUCAAAGGUCAACGGUGUUCUAUGGGAUAUGCAUAGGCCUCUUGAAGAGGACUGUGAUUUGAAGCUGUAUAACUUUGAUACUGACGAAGGCAGAGAUACUUUCUGGCAUUCCAGUGCUCACAUUCUCGGUCAGGCUCUAGAGACGGAGUAUGGAUGCAAGCUUUGCAUUGGACCGUGCACUACUCGCGGCGAGGGAUUCUUUUAUGAUGCAUUUUAUGGAGAAAUGAGCUUGAAUGAGGAUCACUUCAAACGGAUAGAAGCAGCGGCAGCAAAAGCUGUUGCGGAGAAACAACCAUUUGAGAGAAUUGAAGUGACAAGACAACAGGCUCUUGAGAUAUUUUCUGAUAAUCAAUUCAAGGUUGAAAUCAUCAAUGAUCUACCUGAAGACAAAACUAUAACAGUAUAUAGAUGUGGCCCUUUGGUCGAUCUUUGUCGUGGGCCCCAUAUACCUAAUACAUCCUUUGCCAAAGCGUUAAGUUGCUUGAAGGCUUCAUCUGCUUACUGGAGGGGGGACAAAAAUCGGGAAAGCUUACAAAGGGUCUAUGGAAUUUCUUAUCCGGAUUCAAAACGUUUAAAGGAAUAUCUUAGGCAGCUGGAGGAAGCUAAAAAAUACGAUCACAGAAUAUUGGGUGUAAAACAGGAGCUUUUCUUUUGUCACCCUCUCAGCCCAGGAAGCUGGUUUUUUCUUCCACUCGGUGCCCGCAUAUACAAUAAACUGAUGGAUUUUAUUCGAAGUGAGUAUAAGAAUAGGGGCUAUGAGGAGGUAAUUAGUCCAAAUAUGUACAAUAUGCAACUCUGGGAAACAUCUGGGCAUGCUGCAAACUACAGGGAGAACAUGUUUGUGUUAGAGAUUGAGAAACAAGAGUUUGGGCUUAAGCCAAUGAACUGCCCUGGUCAUUGUUUGAUGUUCGAUCAUAGAGUGCGCUCAUACAGAGAACUUCCUCUUCGCUUUGCUGAUUUUGGGGUACUGCACAGGAAUGAGGCUAGUGGUGCGCUGACGGGAUUGACUCGUGUUAGGAGAUUCCAGCAGGAUGAUGCUCAUAUCUUCUGCAGGGAAGGCCAAGUGAAAGAUGAAGUCAGGGCUGCACUAGAUUUUAUCAACUACGUGUAUGACAAAUUUGGGUUUACCUUCGAGCUAAAGCUGUCAACUAGACCAGAGAAUUACCUAGGAGAAAAAGAGACUUGGGAGAAGGCUGAGACUGCACUUACAGAAGCUUUGAAUGAGUUUGGUAAGCCAUGGCAGUUAAAUGAAGGAGAUGGUGCCUUUUACGGGCCAAAGAUAGAUAUCAGUGUCUCUGAUGCCUUAAAGAGGAAAUUCCAGUGUGCAACUUUGCAGUUGGACUUUCAACUCCCCUCGCGAUUUGAUCUGUCGUACUCAGCAGAAGAUGAAGCUAAAAGGGAGCGGCCUGUGAUUAUCCAUAGAGCAAUCCUUGGCUCUGUGGAACGUAUGUUUGCAAUUCUUUUGGAGCACUUUAAGGGUAAAUGGCCUUUUUGGCUUAGUCCACGUCAAGCAGUUGUAUGCACUGUAUCAGAAAAAUCUUCAGCUUAUGCUCACGAGGUGCGUGAUCAGAUCCACAAAGCUGGAUAUCAUGUUGAUGUAGAUACAAGUGAUAAAACCAUCAACAAGAAGGUAAGAGAAGCUCAGAUGUCACAAUACAACUAUAUACUGGUAGUUGGGGAGAAAGAUGCUGAAAAUCGAGUGGUGACUGUUAGGGUAAGAGAUAAGAACGAUCAUUCCCCAAUGUCCUUGGAGGAUCUGCUUGUCCACUUUGGUGAAGAAGUGAAAGCAUUCCACUAGCUUCUUGAAUAGCUCAAGUGCGAUUCUACAGCAGCAUUAUCAAAUAGUUGAUUUUGUUAGUUUUGCACGUAAUUUAGUCUUUUUGGACCGCUCUUGGACUGACAGUUACUGAUGCUUAUUUCUGAGAAUUCUCUCAAUAUUUUCGUUUCCAGAUUGAGUGAAAUGAUAAAUUUGGUUUGGUUCAUAUCUACAGCCAAAUUAGUGGGUAUCGACUCCAGCGAAUAGUCAAAAUUAGUUAUAAGAUCCUUCUUAUUGUACACCAGUUUUCCAAAGCCUCUUACUUCGUAUAUCACACACCUGCUCUGUAUUUUUAUUGCCCAAUCUUGAAGGUUCUAUGGAGGAGAAAAAAGUUGUAACUUGUAUGCUUUUUGACUGAAGAGUUGCUCAUCUAAUCUAUUUUUCUGUAUUUCCAAUCUUGAAGUUGCAACGUAGGAGAAAAAAGUUGUAAGUUGUAUUCUUUUUUAAUAAAGAAUUUCUCAUCUAA